AGUGGUCACGUGGUUAGUAUCGUAGCCUAGGAGAAGUUUUGUUUACUUCCGGGUUGUCAGAGUCGAAAACAAGAGGGGCAGAAACACGCCUACGACAACGAGAAAAGCGGAUUAAAGUCCGUAAGAGAUGGCAGGGGAGGUGGAGGACGAGAUACCAGAAACAGGAGCAGUUUUCACUUUUGGAAAGAGCAAAUUUGCAGACAAUGUCCCCAGCAAAUUCUGGCUUAAAAAUGAUGUCCCUUUGAGAAUCGCCUGUGGGGAUGAGCACACCGCUUUCAUAACAAAAAAUGGGAAACUCUUCAUGUUUGGCAGCAACAACUGGGGCCAGCUUGGUCUUGGAUCCAAAGUGACUGUGAACAAGCCAACGUGUGUCAAAGCUCUUAAAUCAGAUAAAGUUCAGUUUGUGGCCUGUGGAAGAAACCACACUCUUAUCUGCACAGCUCAGGGAAACGUCUUCUCCUCGGGGGGGAACAGCGAGGGUCAGUUGGGGCUUGGUGACUGUGAGGAGAGGACAGCCUUCCAAAGGAUUCACUUCUUUGAUUCACAAGGACCAAUCAAAAUGCUAGCUGCAGGUUCAAACACAUCUGCUGCUCUCACAGAGAGCGGUAAACUGUUCAUGUGGGGUGACAACACCGAGGGUCAGAUUGGUUUGGGGAAAGACAACCAUGCCUCCUCGCCACAGGAAGUCAGCGUGGGACAACCAAUCAGCUGGGUGUCCUGUGGCUACUACCACUCUGCCUUAGUGACAGCUGAUGGAUCUCUGUACACGUUUGGUGAGCGUGACAGUGGUAAACUGGGUCUGGGUACCGAGCAGCUGCCUCGACAUCGAGUCCCUCAGCUGGUGAAGAGCAUCAAAGAGCCUGUGCUGCAGGUAGCCUGUGGAGGAGGACACACGGUGGCUCUCACAGACGAUGACGUGUACACAUUUGGUCUGGGACAGUUUGGACAGCUUGGUCACGGGACGUUCAUCUUUGAGUCCAGGUUGCCACGACUAGUUGAGCACUUCAAGGUGGGCCGGGUGUGUCAGGUGACCUGUGGAGAGAAUCACACUGCUGUCAUCACAGAGAGCGGCCUGCUGUACACAUUCGGAGAUGGUCGACAUGGGAAACUGGGGCUGGGAGAGGAAAAUUUUACAAACCAGUUCAAACCCACUGUGUGUCCACGUUUCCUCAAGUACACAGUUCAGGCAGCUACAUGUGGAGGCUGUCACAUGGUGGUGUUUGCUCGUCCAAGGGAUCAGAGCUGCGGGGAUGUGAUUCUGGAAGAAGACGACGUGACAGAAGAUUACCUGGAGAAGCCGUAUGUGGAGCUGCUGGGGACUGCUGCCGACUCCUCCAGCCUGCAGAAGAGCCUCUCUGCUCGGGUCCGCAGAAGGGAGAGGGAGAGAUCUCCGGACCAGUUCGGUGCCAUGUUUCGCACGUUGCCCUCCAUGAUGUCUGGAUACCUCCUUCCAUCGCUUCCCAUCUCCAGCCAGACCAUCCCGCCCAGACUGCCUCCACCACAGCUGAGCCACAGAAAGGUGCUCAACGGCACUCACCAACAGGGGAGAGCAGGGUCAAUGCACCAGGAGCAGACAGACAGCGUGGUGGAGAGCCUGACUGACACAGACAGCGUUAAAGGUCUAGGAGAAACCUCUGACUUCCUCAACAUGACACACGUCAUGAAGAUGGACCCCAGUGAUAAAAUGCUUACUCUGUCUCCAGUACAGAAGAGAAAGGGUAAGCAUGGUAAGACUAAAAAAGAGCAGAACCAGAAAAAGGAGGGGAGGCUCUCGAAGCAGAGCAGUUUCUCUUCUACUCCUCCAUCACAAGACAGCAGCCCCGUCUGUUCUCGGCAGGCACUACCCACUGAGCUCCAGAGGGGCUACAGCGCUCGCUCUCUGGCCCUUCAGACCCCUCAGAGACUGAAAACAUGCCAGAAGAACAAAGAGAAUGUGAUCAUGGCUGUGCAAGAGCUGCAAAGAACACAGGGUAAAAGCAAGCAGCCAAGUUUAGGAGACAUUAAGAAGGCAGUAUCUAAGCAGGAAAUCGGCUCUAAACAAAGUCCUAAAACCAGAAAGCAUGCUUCAGGUGUCGGUUCUGAAUCUGCAGUAAAAGUUAAGCAAGUGCAGUCUAAACGUGUCAGUGUUAAAAGCAAACCAAUAGCUGUGCAAAGUCAGCGUGGACACAGUCACACAGACUCUGAGAGCAGUCAGACGCGUCUUGAGGGGAAAACACGCUCAAAAUCUCCAGAGAACGCAGAUUAUUCAAAACAAUCCAAGAACAAGAACAAUGAAAAACAGGCUCAGUCCAUGAAAGAGUUCAAACCUGCAGAAGCAAAAAGAGAAGAGGGUUCUAAUCUAGGUCUGCUUGUUGGAGCCGCCUCUCUGGCAGCAGGAGCAGUGUUGAUGCAUGAAGUAAUGUCAGGAAGCUCCCAGUCACUGUCCACGUCAGAGAGCAGCAGCAGCGUCCACAGAGACAGCAGGGAGAAACCACAGAGCGAAGAAGCUGAAUCUUACAAGGACGAUUUCAGCAACAAAUCUGCCGUCAGCAUCAACAUCAUCCCUGCAGCCGAGAGUCCAGAGGACAGGACCAGUCAGGAGGAAAGUGAGGAGAACACAGACUCUGUGACAGUCACACAGGGGGAGGAGGAGGAGGAGGAUGAGGAAGGGCAGAGAACAAGUGUAGAGGUUAGCGAAGAGGAGGGGGAUGUUAAUCACAGGGUGGGGAAAGUUUCAGAGGAAGAGGAAGAAGAAGAAGAAGACAAAGAGUCAGAAACUGAUGCAGGAAAGAAAAGUGAUGAAGAAGAAGAAGAAGAAGAAGAAGAAGAGGAGGAGGCAAGCGAAACGUUGGGGAGUGAGAGCAAAGAUGAGACGGAUGAGAAAGACAGCAAAGAAAGUGAUGUAGAAGAAGAAGAAGAAGAAGAAGAAGAAGAAGAAGAAGAAGAGGAGGAGGAAGGAAGGGAGAAGGAUUCAAAGAGCAAGGGGGGUUACUCUGAAAAUGAGGAGGAAGAUGAGGAAGAAGAGGGGGAUGAGGAAGAAGGAACAGAGAGAGACAGUGAAUCUUUGAAGUCUUCAGAAGAAAGCAAAAUCAGUGAAGAAGAGAGUGAGACGGAGGAGGAGGAGGAGGAGGAGAACAAGAGUAGUGCUGAGGAGGAAGAGGAGGAGAGUAGUGAGGAAGAAGCGAGUGAUAGUGAACAAGAGGAGGAGGAGGACGAGGAGGAGAGUGCAAAUCAAGAGGAAGAGGAAAAAGAAGAGGAGAGUACUGAGGAAGAAGAGGAAAAAGAGAGUGAAGAUGAAGAGGAGGAAGAGGCUGACAGCACAGAUGAAGAGGAGGAGGAGGAGGAGGAGGAAGCGGAAGGAGAGGCUGACAGCACAGAUGAAGAGGAGGAGGAGGAGGAGGAAGCAGAAGGAGAGGGUGACAGCACAGAUGAAGAGGAGGAGGAGGAGGAGGAGGAGGAGGUUGUCAGAAAGAAGAAGUCAGCUGAAGUGAAAAGACGAAGCACUAAAUCAGGGGUCAAGCUGAGGUCAGGGGUCAAAGGUCAGGCAGCAGGCGAGUCAGAGGAGUUCUGGGACGACGUGUUACCACAGUACCUCAACCUGAAAUGAAACCAAACAAUAAAAAUAAAAAGCAGGACAGGGUAAGAAGACACAUCUUUCAUAUGGUCUAUAUUCAGUUCAUGGUUCUCCCCUCAGUCCCUCAGAGAGCCUCAGUGCUGCUCACACUCACGGUGCCUUUCACAGCUCACACAGAGGAGAACGAACUCGUCUCUCUCAGAGCUGAUUUGUGAGUUCAUGCUGCCCUCAGCGUUGAUCACAUUCAUCUGCUCUUACCUGUUUUAAGGUUAUUCCUCCUCUUUAUGGCAGCUUAAAACCAGACUUGAAACAAAGUGCAUUGACUUCUCUUCUUUCCUCUGCUGUCAGGCGGCUUUAUACUCUUUUAUAUGUU